UGCAAUAGGGGAACCAAGGAGGAGAACAGUAUUCCCACCAUGCGACUACAGUAAAAAAAAAUACUUACAACGAUAAUACAAAGAUGACACAAAUUCUACGUGUAUUUACCAGAGUACUUUUAAAUCAUGGAUUAACUAAUAUAUUAAUGAAACAAAAUCUUAGAUCCGUGAUAAAUUUAACAAAAUAUUAUUACUCGUCUGAAAAUUCUUCUAAUGUUAAGAAUAAGAAAUCACCUUUGUAUCGUCAAUUGUAUUCUAAAAUGAUGACUUGCGGACCAUUGUCCGUAGCAGAAUAUAUGAAAGAAAUUUUAACUCAUCCUAAUGUCGGUUAUUACAUGACAAAAGAUGUUUUCGGUCUUAAAGGAGAUUUCAUAACUUCUCCAGAAAUAUCUCAACUGUUUGGAGAAAUAAUAGCUGUUUGGAUUAUUAACGAAUGGAUUAAAAUUUCUAAAGAUCCCUUUCAGCUCAUCGAGUUAGGUCCAGGAAAGGGAACAUUGAUACAAGAUGUUUUACGGGUAUUUAAAAAGUUAAAAUUUCUUAACAAAAUAUCUAUACAUUUAGUAGAAAUCAGUCCAGCUUUAUCUAAAAUUCAAGCACAAAAUUUAUGUACACAUAUAGAAGAAAUUAAUCUUGCAGAUUCUAAGACACAAACUAAAGAAAAUUCUAUAGGUCAUUAUAAAAAAGGUAUUACAGAAGACGGCAUAGAAAUAUAUUGGUAUUAUUCGGUUACGGAUAUUCCUAAAAAGUUCAGUAUAUUUCUUGCACAUGAAUUUUUUGAUGCGCUACCAAUACAUAAGUUUCAGAAAACAGAUCAAGGCUGGAGUGAAGUCUUAGUGGACGUGAUUCCAGGAAUAGAAGAAGAGAAAUUUCGUUACGUAUUAUCCAAAGGGUUGACUCCUGCAGCUAAAGUUUAUAUAUCCGAGGAUGAAUCGAGAGAUCACGUUGAAAUAAGCCCUCAAAGUAUAGUUAUAAUAGAUUAUAUAUCGUCAUUUUUGAUGGAAUAUGGAGGUUUUGCUUUAAUUAUUGAUUAUGGUCAUGUAGCUGAUAAAACAGAUACCUUCCGUGCUUUCCAAAAGCACAAAUUGCAUGAUCCCUUACUAAAUCCUGGUUCGGCUGACUUAACUGCGGAUGUUGAUUUUUCAUUGAUUAAAAAAAUUGCACUAAAAGAUAACAAAGUAAUAUCUUUUGGUCCAAUAAGUCAGAGAACAUUUUUGAAAAAUCUUGGAAUCGAUCUAAGAUUAGAAAUGAUUUUAAAGAACUCAACCGAUGUUCAAAAAGAACAUAUAUUGUCAGGAUAUCACAUGAUAAUGGAUGCUGAUAAAAUGGGAGAACGUUUUAAAGUAUUGUCGCUAUUUCCUUACGUUUUAAGUAAAUACAUAGACAAAUGGAAAGUCGAUGGAUUUAAAAAAGAAAAUAAAAAUUAGCAUUAACAAAAUUAA